GGGAGACGCUCAGGCCCGAAGAGCAGGCGUCGGGGAGAAGGAGGAGGAGGAGGGGGAGGACAGGCGAGCUGGUGCCCUCGCAGCAUCCAUAGCAGCAGCAGCAGCAGCAGCAUCCCCGACCCGCUGCAGAGAAGACGGGCGGAGAGGAUGGCCAGCCAGUCGCAAGGCAUCCAGCAACUGCUGCAGGCCGAGAAGCGGGCGGCCGAGAAGGUGGCUGAUGCCCGCAAGCGGAAGGCCCGGAGGCUGAAACAGGCCAAGGAGGAGGCGCAGAUGGAGGUGGAGCACUACCGCAGGGAGCGGGAGCAGGAGUUCCAGACCAAGCAGCAAGCCGCGAUGGGGUCACAGGGGAACGUAUCUGCGGAGGUGGAGCAGGGGACGCGGCGCCAGGUGCAAGACAUGCAGAGCGCGCAGCAGCGCAGCCGAGAGCGCGUCCUGGCUCGGCUUCUCGCCCUCGUCUGCGACGUCAGGCCGCAGAUCCACCUCAACUACCGCAUCGCCGCCUAGACCGCCACCCUCCAGUGCACACACACCCCGCCCCCCGGCCCCCCGCGGGGUCCCCGCAGCUCCCAGACCCCCAUCCAUCCAUCCAUCCAACGAUCAAUCAGUUAUUGAUCCCUCACUGUGGGCAGAGCACUGGACUAGUC